AUGGUCUCUCCAAAGCUUUCUCGCUUCCUAUCAGACUUCACACUCGGCUUCUCAGAUGGCCUCACCGUGCCAUUCGCCCUGACAGCGGGCCUGAGCUCACUCGGCCGUAGCGAAACAGUCAUCUAUGCCGGCCUUGCGGAGCUAUGUGCGGGAUGUAUCAGCAUGGGGAUUGGAGGUUACCUGGCGGCGCGAGACUCUUCACACGAUGACUCUCGGAGGGUGCAGUCGCUGCCGGUAGAUGAGGAGGAACAGGGCAUGUUGUCAGUGGCGGGAAGACACAGCGAGGAUGAAACCGAGGACGAGAAGCGCUGCACAGACGAACCAGUAGAUGAAGACGAAGUAGUGCUCCAGUAUCUACAACCGUUAGGCUUACCCGAGACGACCGUCGCGAUGGUGAUCGAGGCCGUGAGAUCUCAAUCGGGAGGGUCAGGUUGGGCUUCGGAGAGGAUUAAGGGCGCGCAAGCCAGCCGACCCGAAAACUUCGUCGAAAUUAACAUCAUCGAAACGAGCCGCCUACAGGUAUCGCCAAUGUUUUCGGGCCUGUCCAUCUCCCUUGGGUAUCUCUGCGGCGGGCUAAUGCCUCUACUGCCGUACUUCUUUGCCUCAAGCGUGGGUCGCGGGCUUCUGUGGAGCAUUAUCGUCUGUCUCAUCGCCUUGUUCGCCUUUGGAGCUGGAAAAAGCUGGCUGUUGGGGGAUGGGCAGACAUCACGGAUACGGUGUCUUUGGGAAGGACUCCAAAUGCUGUUGUUCGGUUGUUGCGCUGCGGGGGCUGCGGUCUUGUGUGUACGAUUGGUAGAUCAGAAGUGGACGUGA